AUGGAUAUGAACUUUUCAUACAAUAACGAAUUUCUCAAUUUAUCUGAUGACGAUGAUCAUGAUGAUCAUGAUGAUUUCGAUGAUGAUUCAGCUAUAUCUCCAACUAUUCGUUUCUGGAUGCUUCUUAUUCCUUCUAUACCAGCGAUUAUAUGUUCGUUUACGGUUCUUUAUCUGUUACUUAAUAAUCGAGAACAUCGUCGUUCAUUAAAUCAUCGUGUUAUCAUUAUUCAACUCACUGGUGGACUUAUUUACUUGCUUACACAUUUUCCUAUCUAUUUAAAUUAUCUUCGUUUGGGUUAUGUUUGGCCACAAACACCAGCUAUGUGUCAACUAUGGUGGUUUGUAGGUGAUGGCUAUGCUGAUACUAUGACAAUUCUUAUGGCUUGGGGUUCAUUUGAAAGGCAUAUAUUAAUAUUUCAUGAUCGAUGGGUAGCAACUAGUAGAAAAAGAAUUUUUGUUCAUUAUCUACCUAUAACUUUAAUUAUUAUUUACAGUCCUCUUUACUAUUUGAUUGUUAUGGGCUUUCCACCAUGUGAAAAUAUAUAUGAUUACACUGAAAAAUCAUGUUCAUCAUCAUGUUUAUAUCGAAAUGAUAUUUUAUUAAUGUAUGAUACUCUUAUUAAUGAUAUUUUAGCUACUCUUCUUGUUGCAAUAUUUAGUAUAUCAUUAAUUAUUCGUGUUAUUUGGCAUAAUCAUGUUCGUUUUCGUCGACCAAUUCAAUGGCGUAAACAUCGAAAAAUAAUUAUAAUACUUGUGUCAAUAUCAAUGAUUUAUCUUGUUUUUAAUUUACCUAUGAUGAUAUUAGAAUUUAUACAAUUAUGUGGUCUAUCUCAAGAUGUUGGUGAACAUUUUGAACCAUAUUUUGACUUUUUAAAUUAUUUUAUUUUUAUUAUUUAUCCAUUUAUUUGUCUUGGUACUAUCUUAACAAAAUUUUGGAAAUCACGACAACAACAAACAGUUGGUAUAAUAGCAAUGACGAACACACAUCGAACAAAGUCACACUUUCCAACGACUCAACAAUUGCAUUAA